UCCCUACUUCACUGGAGAAUUUUACCAAGACAUCUUUCCAUAACCAAAUGUAGCAGUAACCCACCGUCUCCAUACAUAUGCCUGCGAAGAGCACUGUUCACAGGUGUGCCCUAGGAAAUAAUGAUGCAUCUUGGGAUUUUAGUUGUCUUGGAUGCAGUCACUGUUCAGUUAGUCAGUUAGAAGACAACACACCAGCCGACAGAACCACAAAAAUACUCUCUCCAAAUUCAGAGGAUGGAGCUGAUGGCGGGUUUGUCGGCUCUGUGCCUUCUGCUGAUGCUUCCCCUGAGCGGCUCACAGAGCACCCUGCAGUCUGAGAGGGAGACCGGUGGCCAGCAGGCCCCGGCGGCCCCUGCCCCUCCUCCACAGAUACAAGACCUCCUCAGGAAAGAGGAAAACACCCUUUUGAACAGCAAACGGACGUAUGGACCUGUAGACGGUGAUAAUGCCAAAAUAGUUCUGUUCAUCGCUGCAUCUGCUGGGACCUUUUUUCUGAUGGCGGCCGUGUACUGUAUCUACAACAAGUUCUACACCAAACACCAGUACCUGCACACCCAGCUCAAUGACGACCCAGAUGUGCCCAUGGACUGCAUGGACCCUCCCCCUGCAUUUUUCCACGCCUCUGCUUCCUCCAGUGCAAUGGAUAUAAAGAAAUCCGGUUAUGGCUCACUUUCAGACACCCCGUCCAUCAUUUCUGCCCCCCCCUUCCUGUCCCCUCCUCCAUCUGCCAUGCGCUUCCCUCCCCUCUUUCUUUCCUCACAGUCUCUGAGAACAAUAUCGGCUCAGGAUCUAGAGAAAAGCUGCAUCUGAUUUAGAAUGUUUACCACACAGUAGCUAUUACCUGUUUAACGUGUCGUGUCCUUUCCAGCAACUAAACAUACCCAACUUUAUUUCGAUUAGGCUAAAAAGAUUUUUAACACUGAGUGAGGAAAUCUGUCAAUGACUGGUUUUUCAUUAUUCUGUGUGUCACAAUUCUAUGAAUGAAGCUUUGUCUUUAGUUUUUUCUGUAUGUUAGUCAGAAACAGUUAAUGAUAACUUUGAUGUUUUUAGGUAAUAACCUCACCAAACUGUUAGAUAAUAAACCAUCUAAUGAGAAAAAUAGCCCCUGAUGUCUGUGUAAGCUAUUGUCUUUUUUUUCCCUUACCAUUUUCAAAAGUUUACGUUGAGUCUAAAGCUGUAACACGUACAUUUCUGACCACUAGUGGCCAUUAAACUACAAUACAGAUUUACUCAUACAAGCACACUUAAAUAAAGAGAGAUACUGGAUAAUCCUAAAGGGUUUUGAGAUGGGGAAGUUGCUAAGAAAAUAAAUUAAUGAGCAAAUGCAUCUAAGAAAGUCCCAAUAAAUGUAAUUACAAGCA